GAAAGUCCGUUCACUAUACUGUCAUGGACCGCGGCAGCUACGGAAAUGUAUAGCCAGGUGAACAGACGAAAACCCAAAUCUACAUAACAUUUAUUUAUAUUUAUUUAUAUAUAUAUUUUUAGACGCUACAAUGUCCCUCCAACCGCAAGUGGAGGACGCCGCGGAGGAGAGAAGCGCCUUCUUCAUCGGCGCCGCUGACUCGGACAACGUCUCGGCGGAGGAGGACCACCAUCAACUUAUACUACAGAAAGCCAACGCGCUAGCAUCGGAGAACUGCCUCAAAGAAGCCAUUGACUGGUUUUCAGUGGCUAUGCGGUAUGGCCCAGUGCGACCUGAACAGUUGAGCACUUUCGCGGACUGUAUCCUCCGCAACUUUAAGAGGAAAGAGGCCUUGCCCGACGCACUUUCGGGCCAGAGUCGGGACAGCCGUGGGGACGACGUGUUUGACUGUCCCAACUGUCAUAGCUUUCUGGGUGAACCUGUGACCAUAGCCUGUGGACAUUCGUACUGCAAAAGGUGUUUACAACGACGGCUGCUCUCCAAAUGUAAGCUGUGCAGUGAAGCCGUAAGGGGAGGGGAGAAAGCCAAUGUAAUUCUGUGCGGACUUUUAGAUAAAUGGUUCCCCGACGAGCUGAAAAAGUCGAAAACACUAUGCGGAGUGGACGAGCUGUGCAGGAGAAAACGCUACCGAGAGGCCGUGUCGCUAGCAAGCGAUGUCAUCCGGAGCGAUCCAGAGACGACAGCGGUGGCACGACUGUCUCGAGCGGAGGCAUACAUGGCACUCAAACAGUACCGCCUGGCUUUGGAGGACACAGAAUUUUGUUCUGGGUCCAGCUGUUCUGCUGAAGCUUUGUUUAGGAAAGCAAUGGUGCUGCAUGAGAUGGGCCAGGUGGACGAGUCUCUCCAAGUCUUCCUCCACUGCCUGGCUGUCGACGAGGACUUCCCCUGUGCUAAGAGACAAGUGGAAAAGAUCUUGUGUGACCUGCUCUCCCCUGCUGAUGAGAAUGUUACGGUUGGCCUGAGGGAAACAACGCAGAACACGUCGCCUCAUUUGCGCAGCAAAACCCUUGUGGCCGAUGCCCAAGUUCAGCCACAGAGCCCAGUCCAAAGAGAACACCAGCACCAGGCCCGCGCUUCUUCUGCACACCACCAUCUGGACAACCAGGAGAAACGCUGGGAAAGUCUGGAGCGGCCUGUUCUGAGCCGAGCUCACUCGCUUCGAAUGCAUGGCUCUAGUUGCGGUGAAGAGGGUCUGAAGAGAGUUUGCUCUGCUCCUCAGCUGGGGGACCAGGACAAGGGGAGCCUGCUGAAGAGGAAGUUGUCAGUAUCAGACACAGAGCCCUUUGUUGUGGACAGUGGAAGUAGCAAACAUAAAAAACAAGGUGUUGCGAAAGGCUCCAAACAGCAGGCUGCCAAAGCUAAAACUUGCAGAAGUGUUCCUGAGAAUCUGCUGGACCCAAAUGACUUAGAGUGCUCUCUCUGCAUGAGGUUGUUUUAUGAGCCUGUGACUACACCGUGUGGCCACACCUUCUGUAAAAACUGUCUGGAGCGCUGCUUGGACCACACACCCCAGUGCCCCCUCUGUAAAGAGAGUUUGAAAGAGUAUCUAGCAUGUCGGAAGUACAUGGUGACAACUGUCUUGGACACGCUGAUCAAACAGUAUUUGAGUCAGGAGUAUGCAGAGAGGACUAAAAUUCAUCUGGAGGAGACCAGAGAGCUUUCUGAUCUGACGAAGAAUGUGCCUAUCUUUGUGUGCACCAUGGCUUACCCCACCGUGCCUUGCCCCCUGCAUGUCUUUGAGCCACGUUACCGCCUCAUGAUUCGCCGCUGCAUGGAAACGGGCACGCGGCAGUUCGGGAUGUGUAUCAAUGAUCCCCAGAAAGGGUUUGCAGAUUAUGGUUGUAUGCUGAUCAUCAGGAGCGUCCAUUUCCUCCCUGACGGACGAUCAGUAGUGGACACCAUCGGAGGAAAACGCUUCAGAGUCUUGUCCCGAGGAAUGAAGGAUGGUUACAGCACUGCUGACAUCGAACACUUGGAGGAUACUAGGGUGGAGGACAGUGAAGAGUUAGAGAGACUACAAGAGCUGCAUGAUGCAGUGUACGAGCAGGCCCGCGUCUGGUUCCAGAACCUCAAGAUCCGCUUCCACAACCAGAUCCUGCAGCACUUUGGACCCAUGCCAGAACGAGAAGAUGACAUCCAGGCAACUCCCAAUGGUCCAGCUUGCUGCUGGUGGCUACUGGCUGUCCUGCCUAUCGACCCACGGUACCAGCUCUCUGUCCUCUCCAUGACCAGCCUCAAAGAACGCCUGGUGAAGAUCCAGCACAUCCUCACAUAUCUUCAAAGCAUCCCCAGCAACUAGAGCUUCCUCUUCUCACCACCAGAUACAUCCCUUGGACUAUUAAACUACAUUCAAGCAACCCUUGUAUCAACACCUCACCAACUUUUGUUUUGACGGCCAUCUCAUCUUUUUGAACUUUUAUUUCUACAGCUAUAAGACUUCUCAUUUUACACGUCUGUAUUAAGCCUACACAAGAUCAGAGCAAAGCUGAAAAAUCCUUGAACUGUGGAUCACUGAAACCAGAGAAAUGGCCAAACCACCUCAGGGAUACUUCCAAGAACGCACACUAUUUGUGAUUGUCAAAAGAUAUUAGGAAAAAAAAAAAAAAUAAGGCAUAUAUCUCAUCAACUGUUCUCAUCUGCUCUUAUUCUUAAUUCAAUUCAUUUUCAUAAGAACUUCCUGAAUGAUGUUGUUGACAUGAGAAGAGUAGCUGCUACUCCACUUGGUUAAUAUAUUGUGAUGCUGUUGAAGACAACAACAGGGAGUAGUGCAUCUAAGAAUCCCCUUUGAGUGUACCUCCAUUAGGGAUAGCACUGAGGUGAAGAGAGUCUUUUAUGGUUUGUGUUGUGUCUUCUCUGGUGAGACCAGUGUAAAGGAAGUUUUUUUUUUUUUUUUUUUCCCUCUCGGCUAUAAGAUUUCUGUUUACACGGAGAGGGGAUGAGAUGAUUCUUUGGAACAAAAUCCAAAAUGCUGAAAGUCCAAAAAGCGAUAGCAAGAUGUAAUCAAAUGUGGUUUAGAGGAACCCAUCAGAACUUGCAACUUGCUCAGCCAAGUGCAACUAAAGGCUGGUGUAUGUGUACCAACGCACGAUGAAAGUAUUAAUCGAUCUCUUCCAAGCGUCAGGUUUUCUUCUUAAUCACUUCUCCCACAUGCUUACCGUGCUCAGCUUCCAUCGCUGCCUCUAAAUGUUGGCAUAGGAUCUUUAUGUUGAAAGAAUGAGACGAUCUGUGUUUCUUCCAAGUUGUCAUGCAGAGGUCGGCCAUUUUGUGCCUCCUCUCCUAACAUGGGGGUUUGUAGGAACAGUCAUGGCCCUGAAAUCGUGUCUUGAUUAUGUGCUUUUGAAAUGCUUUUCUUCCUCUCACAUUUAACCUUAAGUUGUGAGCCCUAUCUUCCAAAACGUUUUGUUCGUCAUGGACCUUUGGAGUUCCUGCUGGUGUGUGAGGGUUUGAAAUGAAAGUGUUGAAGAGUUCAGUGGUUCUGUUCUUGUAUUAUUUGUCUCUCCUCAAAACCAAAAUAUUCAGCUUCCCAUUGAACUAACUUAAACUGAAUUAAUUUAUAAGUGAAAAUUUAUUUGUACAUUCUGACCAUAUGUUUGUAAGAGAAAUUAUAAGGGGGUCUUGCAAUAUUAUGACAAAUUAAAACACGACAUAAACAGCAUGUAUACCACCAAUGGGUUAGCAUUAUUUUUCAUUCAAAGCUGCUCUGUCUGCUUGGAGGAGAGAGAGUAUCUGCAGUUCUUCAUUCAGGGGGCUGCGUUUGCCUUACACCAUUUUGCAUUGUUAUUUACACGAUGCGUUGGCUUGGUUACCAUUCCUUUUUGUCGUAGUAUGAAGUAUGUUUUAAAUGUAUUUUUUUCCCCUUUCAGUUAGUUUGAGGCAUCAUGUGUUCACAAUGUGUAUAAAAAAAAAAAAAAAAUUCAAGUCAAGGCUGUUGUGUGUAAAUCAUUUGUAAAAAGGCUUUUUGGACAGAUCUUGCUUUUUUGCUCAGAUGUUUUAAGUUAUCAAUUUUCAAUAAUAAAAGCACCUCUUUUUUCAGUUUCUGCA